AUGGGUCAGACCUUGUCAGAGCCUGUUGUAGAAAAGAUCUCCCACGAGGGUGCUGAUGACUGCGUCGUGUUCGGCCUAUCGGCCAUGCAGGGAUGGCGUAUAAGCAUGGAAGAUGCACAUGCAGCGAUCCUCGAUCUACAAACCGAGAAAGAGGGCAAGCAACAACAAGCCGCCCCACCCGACAAAAGACUGUCGUUCUUUGGUGUCUACGAUGGCCAUGGCGGAGAAAAGGUAGCCCAGUUCGCGGGCGAGAACAUCCAUAAGAUCGUGGCCAAGCAAGAAGCCUAUUCGAAAGGUGAUAUUGAACAGGCCUUGAAAGAUGGGUUUCUCGCUACAGACCGGGCUAUUCUCAAUGAUACGAGAUACGAGGACGAGGUUUCUGGUUGCACUGCAUCGGUUGGCAUAAUCUCUAAGGACAAGAUUUGGGUGGCGAAUGCUGGAGAUUCGAGAUCAGUGCUCGGUGUCAAAGGCCGGGCGAAGCCUCUGUCAUUCGACCACAAACCUCAGAAUGAAGGCGAGAAAGCUCGUAUUAGCGCCGCCGGUGGCUUCGUUGACUUCGGUCGAGUCAAUGGCAAUCUCGCUCUGUCGCGUGCCAUCGGCGACUUUGAAUUUAAGAAGAGUGCCGACCUUUCACCCGAGCAACAAAUUGUGACGGCCUUCCCCGAUGUGAUUUCGCACGAGGUCUCAGACGAUGAUGAGUUUCUCGUCAUUGCUUGUGAUGGAAUUUGGGAUUGCCAGUCCUCUCAAGCCGUCGUGGAGUUCGUCAGAAGAGGUAUUGCAGCGAAGCAGGACCUGCAAUCGAUCUGCGAGAAUAUGAUGGACAAUUGUCUGGCCUCAAACAGCGAGACCGGCGGUGUUGGCUGUGAUAACAUGACCAUGAUCGUGGUCGGUCUGCUGCACGGCCGUACCAAGGAAGAAUGGUACGAAUUAAUAGCCAAGCGCGUGGCAGAUGGGGAUGGCCCUUGUGCGCCGCCCGAGUACGGCAAGUCAUUCCGGGGUCCCGGUGUGCGACAUCAGUACGGUCACGAAAGCCCUGAUGAGUAUGAAUUGGACCUCGAUCAGAGGAACAGAAGUGGGUUCGGCAGCCGUGGUAGAAUCAUCCUCCUGGGAGACGGCACUGAAGUUCUGACAGACUCUGACGACGCAGACAUGUUUGACCAUACCGAGGAGGACAAAGACACCGAGAACCAAAUCAAGAAAACCAACCCCGAUACGUCCGAUGUUGACCCAAUCAGAAGCGAGCGUGAGGGGACUCCAGGACCGCAGGAGCAACAAAAGACGGCGGAUGGCAACGAUACCGCAACCAUCAAGGCGGUUGCUGACGAAGGGGACAGCAAGAAGGAGACUUAG